AUGGCUUUUGAUCGAGUAAAAACAUUUUACCGGUCAUGCCUCCUGCAAAUUAUCGUAGUCGGACUAGUCGCCUUUUGCGAGCCCGGAAUCUGGACUGCUCUUAACAAUCUCGGGGCAGGAGGUAACGCGAGUCCUCUGUUAAACAACGCAGCAAAUGCAUUGACAUAUGGCCUCAUGUCAGUGGGCUGCUUCCUUGCUGGCGGUGUCACCAACAAAAUCACUGCGAAAUGGACCCUGUUCAUCGGAGCUGCAUUUUACACGCCGUAUGCCGCUGGUUUAUACUGCAAUAAUCGCUAUGGAAACGAGUGGUUUCUGUUGCUGGGUGCGGCUCUCUGUGGAAUUGGGGCAUCUCUUCUGUGGGCUAGUGAAGCUGCCAUUGCGGUUGGAUACCCAGAGGAGGCGAAACGGGGACGAUACGUCGGAAUCUGGAUGGGAAUCCGACAAAUGGGACCACUGGUUGGUGGUGCGAUCUCGCUCGCCCUCAACGUCAAUACUGCACAUGUCGGCAAGGUCACCUAUACAACAUACCUAGGACUUGUUGCCAUAUCAUCUCUAGGGGCUCCCUUUGCAUUGUUACUGUCCCAGCCGCAAGAUGUUAUCAGAAGUGAUGGCACCAAAAUCCCUUAUAUGAAGAAAACGACGUUCGGGAUUGAGUUUCGUGCCAUCUGGAGGCAAUUGAAGAAUAAGUACAUGCUCUUGUUGAUUCCAGUCUUCCUGGCUGGGCAGUUUGGCACCACUUAUCAAGGAAACUAUUUGACCUCGUACUUUACCGUCCGCUCCAGAGCGCUCGCCUCUUUCUUGACAGCCGUUGUGGGUGCUUUUGCCAAUGUAUCGACGGGCAUCAUUCUCGAUUUGAACUAUCUGUCUCGCGAAACUCGGUCUAAAGGUGUCUACAUCUUUGUCCUGAUCUUUGUCACCGCAGCUUGGAUUUGGAAUGCUAUCACACAAGUGAAACUAUCACGAAUGACUGAAUCACCCGCCUUCGACCUCGGAGAUGGACCUUUUUUCAACUCUGCUUUCACCGUCUAUCUAUUCUUCAAGUUCUUCUAUGAGGUACUCCAAACGUAUAUCUACUGGCUGAUGGCCGAGAUCAAAGGAGCUCAGGGAGAUGGCGAUAUCGCGAGAACCACUGGCAUUUUGAGAUCAUGGGAGUCAAUUGGCAGCACCAUUGCCUACGCCGUGGGUGCUACUCACUGGCCUAAUUUGAACCAGAUGAUUCUGGGGUUCUCCUUGUGGGGCUUCACAAUCCCAUUUACGAUCCUCGCUGUUUUUGGUGACUGGAAUCAACCCGAGACGGACACACAUGAGGAGGGACAGUCUGAUAGUAGUAGUCUCGAAGCACAACGUGUGAUUAUCAAUACCGAAGGGAAGGAAUAA